GUAGAGCGGCCUUGCCCUGAACCCACGGCGCGAGCCACUCCACACACUACUGCUUUGCUCGUUAUUUCUGUAUCCCUGUCGUUCUACCUCCUCCUUUCGUUCCCGUCUUUGUACCGAUUUCAACAACAAGUCCAGCAACACAACAAUGACGGUGGAGGUUCCGUAUUCGAGUCCAAUCCCACCGCAGUUUUACGGACCCCUGGCGGCAGUAUUCGUGAUGGCGGGGUUGACCUUCAUGUCGGUGUCAUUCAUGCAGCAAAUGAAUGCUAGGAGGGAGCAGAGCGCCGCAAAAGAUUUGCCACUAGCGUUGACGUCGUCUGCGUUUUUAGGAUUUGGGGCGUUGUUUGUGUUGCUUUGGUCUGGAGUGUACGUAUAGACUUGAGUAUGGUUAUUAUGGUUGUAUUUCACGUGAUCUGUUGUGGGCGAACACGUUUGAGAGCAUAUAUUGUCGAAGUGCCUUCUGGCGAGGAAUUGCGGGUACCCGACGUGAUUGGUCGCAAUCAAUGUAGACUACCAGUGGGAGUAAAACAUAUUCGGGUGCACUUCUCUACGAAGUUUCCCAGGCGUGACGGCCUGGUUGUGAUACAUCAUAGCUGGUGAGUCUUGUGGACGCAUAUCUCGGCACUGCUGUAGCAUAGGUUGCGACGACCAAGCACACUAAAUAUAUUUCGAAUGCACAACUGUGUACGGGUGUGCAUAUAUGUGUUCUACGAAGUAUAAAACUUCCACAUGGGUUUGGAGGCCGCAUUUAAGUGGAAACACACACGCAGGCGUGCCGGUAAAAGCUGUCCCAGCUGUGCCGCUGGCUGUGUCCGGCGGCGGCCAAAUCACUCUCCUGCUGCAAAUAAAUGGUGUGGCCGAAGUUGUCCAAAAUGCCGACGGAUACACGGCCCGAAAUGUUUGGGGGCAAAUGCGAGUUUGCCAAAACUUUGGUUAGGUCGCAAUAAAAGUGACUGGGCAACCCGGGAGAGCUGUAGUAGGAAGAAGAUCGAGGCAAUCGGUUUCAAAGCCCCACAACUACAGCAGCAGUAGAGAGACACAAUGGUUUUGACCUUUUGGGCGGGUUGUCGAAAAAGGGCGUGCACUAUCCAUGACCACGGAACAGGGUACGAUGUUUCCAGACGAUACUA